UCGACUUAGACGUACAUCACGUACUCUAAAGAGACGGACGUUUUAACUAGUGAUAUACGAUACAGAUGAUAUCACGAUGCUAUAUGCUUGCCAGAUGUCGCAGAUUUCACAGGAUUAUCUAAUCGAUAAACAAAUCACAAUAUCGGAAGAGCCAAGAUUCCGACGAAAGAAGAGAAAGAAAGAGGGGAUCUUGUGCUAACAGAAGGGAUAAGAAACCCAUGCACGUACUCUUACAAGCGGUGCGACGACUUUAGUCUGACGAUCGCUUCCACAGAGCGAGGUUGACUGAAUCCGACAUUAAUUCCAGGAUAGUCCGUCGGUUCGAGCACACGGUGCCUUAGAUCCUGGUGAGUGAUUAGUGUAAAAACACAAAAAAAAAAGAAUUCGACGGAGUGCUCCAAAAAAUUUCGCGUCGCGAUAUAUAAACAUUAAAUUUAAAUUCUACUUCAUGAAACAAUUCGAAAAAAAUCAGGUCGUAAAAUUCGAAAUUCGUAGUUUGACAAGAAUAUAAAUUACAUGUGUAAAAUGUUUAUAACGAAAGUAUUGUAAACGGAUUUUGAAACAAGGAAGAAAUUUUUUUUUUAAUAAUCUAGAUUAUAUUAGUUUCCGGAAACACUUUGCUACAAAAAGUCGAGGCUCUUUCUAACAUUUUUUUAUAUUACGCAAUAAUUUACAUAAUAAUUUAUAUUCCCAUCGAACGAGAUACUCUCGCGAGAAGACAUAUCCCCAGUUUCCGCGGCACGUGGCGAGCUACUCCCUCUUCGCUUGAUCUAGCAAAGUCUCGAGGAAGCCGCCGAUUUCGCGAGCGUGUGCGUGGUGUGCAACUGGCAAGAGAAAGUGUGCUUGCUGUGUAUCUUUCGGUUUUUCGGUGGAUCGAUUCGCGACGACGGAAUCGAUGAUCGAGCGUCGUCAGCGACCCGCCUGACGAUGAGAGGCUCGCGUUUUCUCAGGACAGCAUGAUUCUCGGCGCGUGCGAUUGUCCGCGUGCAUUAACAUGCGCGAAGACACACGUGUUCGCGGGGACCGCUAGAUCCUCCUGAAGAGGCUGCAAGGAAGAACUUAUCUGAAAAGAGAUUGCCGCAAGAACGAAAGAUUCUCUGGCAAGGAUCAUCGAACGUGAGACGAUCGCAGAUCGAUUGCGAGGACAGUUACUGGCCGCCGAACUAUACAGGCUGAAGAAAUCAAUCAUAUUGUAGCCAUGAACCUCGCGCUGCAUGGAUUUUUGCUGCAGGUUUUCAUGUCGAUCCUUAAUCUCCAUCAUGGCCGUUUAUUAUGCAGCGCGGGGGAACCUGGCUAUCUGGACUUCGACAACCUACCGGAGACGAACUUCUCGUGUCAAGGAAAGGUGAUUGGUGGAUAUUACGCGGAUGUCGAGGCGGGCUGUCAAAUGUUUCACGUCUGCACUAUCGGUCAGAAAGACGAGAUCAUGGAUAUAAAGUUCCUCUGUCUGAAUGGGACCGUCUUCGACCAGGAAACAAGAGUCUGCGAGAGAGUCGACGAAGUCGAUUGCAGUAAGAGCGAGCGAUUCUACAAUCUGAAUCUGGAGCUCUAUGGCAAUAACGCCGUCACGCUCAGCCUUCAUGAGAACGAUGAUGACGGCGAGGACGAUCUUACGGAUCAUCCAGCGGAAGAUCAUCAGCAACGAACGACCUCGGCGCGACCCAGCACAACCUCGACUACCCCCAGCCCCAUGACUACGUCUCGGUCCGGCAAGCCAUCGUCCACCACCGUCGCGAGCGGUUCCUUCCAACAUCCUGCUGGUUAUCCGCAGCACUAUCAGCCCCAACCGCCGUUCCCCCAGGUCCAUACAAGUCAGUCCAAGUCGCUGUACGAUGACAAGAACGGCGGCUACCAUCAUCAGUACAUCUUCCACAACGGUGGCGAACGCGUCAACAAUCAGGCUACAUCAUACCAGCUGUUUAGCAGUCAGGGCGCCGUUAGCUCGACGACACCGACUCCGCAGAUCCACUCGCAGAUCAGAUACACCUCGACGGUGGGUCCGCCACCGCAGAUCAUUCAACACAACGAAGCAUCGACCGUGACGCCGCUGUACCAUACGUCUCCCGCUACGAUACAAACUCUGCUCAACAGUAAUGCUAACAGCCCGGUCUUGAUCAAUCCUAUCUUUCAUCAUCACGGUAUCGCGAGCACCACCGAGUUCACCGUGCACAGCAAUAAUCCACGUGAGACCGCAGACUAUCGCGACGAGGAUGAUCGCGAAAGUAUAGGGUCACUGGAGGCGAUACAACCGACUAAUAAGGGAAAGGUAUCCAAGUUGACGAUAUCUCCGGUUCCGAGCUUGCAAGAGUCGUCUCGUACGCAGACGAAGAUGAGUCAAACGUCGCAGCAGCAGAGGAUCUCUGACAAUUUUUUGCCAACAUCUCCAACGACUAUCGAGACGACUGUCAGAUCGUUUUAUCCGACGCCGAGACCUUCGCCGAAACCCUCGCAGUCGGUUACCCAACGGGCCAUUCACCGGGUGAAUUCGCCAGGCGUGACGGUGCCGCAGCUCAAGCCCCAUCAGAUCACCAUAAAUCUACCACCAGCGGAUAUUCAGAGAAUCGUACAGAAUCCAUCGCCGCUGUUGCCGUCGCAAUCGCGGGUGAUUGUCACAGCAAAAGCAAGCGUGAGCGACGAGUCCGGUAGGCCUUUAAACACCACGCAAUUGGUGACGUUGCCGUUGCCGACGAUACCGGCCAGCUACGACGAUUACAAGGAGGGCGACGAGUCCUUCGAUCCGUUUUACCGCGAUGUUCCGAAAAUACCCAAGAAUCGACAGAUCGCGAGAAGCGCGAUGAACAAGAUACGACUCUCGCGUAAGAAACGAUCUCACGGUCAGCUCUAUCAUUUGAUCAACGGCGCGAAUAGUCAAGAUGAGGAUUUUAAAACGAUACGAAGGAGUGAAUCGCGUCGGAACGAGGAUGAAGCGACGAACGUGGAAGAUACACAUGUCGAGAUCGGAGAUUUCCGAGCUAUUAAGGAGAGUCUGAUGAAGUUUAGAGAUAUCCUAUUCAGCGACGAGGCGGACGAGGAUGCUUUUCGCAAUAUUGCUGAUGAAAUUAGAAAUACUGCUAAACACGUCGCGAAAGAUAGCGAGAUUCUCGACGCGAAAUCUGUACAACGGACGAAAGAUAUCGCGAUAGAAAAAGUGGACGUUUUAGAAGAUUUAAAGACAGACGCUUCGAAAUAUUUAGCGUUUGAUAAAGAAGAAGAUGAAGAACAAGAGGAUGCAAAAUCGAGUCACGAGGAUUUGUCUUCAAAUGUCGAGGCUGAUGCUGAAAAAUUAUCAGACAAGAAAAAACAUAUUAAAAAUACAUCAGAAUCGGACUGCAAAUUAAAAUUCGAAGCUAACGUUGAACUCACAACCGCUCGUUCUGAAGAAAACAAAUCUUUCAAGGAUGAUAUAGACGUAAUAAUACUUGAUUCCGAUAAUGACUUUAAAGUAAAAACUACGAAUUCUGAUUUCGUCCAGAUGUCCAAGACUAACGCUCCUGUCGAGAUUAUUAUUGAAGAGGAAAGUAAAUCUGACUUGCAUGAUAUAUCGGGGAUUGACAAAAAAGUUAUACAUAACGAACAGCUGACAAGACACUUGACAAAAGAUGAAUCGGAGAAACGAACGAGCUUCAUAACCGACCAAGAGAAACAACUGAGAGUUUCACAAGAAACGAUCGAGCGAAAAAAUGCUAAGGAUUCUAGAGAAGGAAAGUCCGGUCCGAGAAGAAAGGUUCCUCGAGCGAGAGCCUCAAGAAGACGCAUAUCUUCGAAAAUAAAGCAAAAAACGAACAAUGUCGAACUGACAGAGACGAUUCAACAGAAAGACGAAAUGGAUGAAACGACUACUAUUGCUACUACUAUUGCUAGUAUUAUUACUACCACAUCUACUACCCCAUCUGUCGCACUUUUCGAGACGAAAGUUGAGCAAAUCGAUAGCCACAUUUUUGAAGAACCAGAAUCGCAAACUUUUAAAGAAAUCGAUACGAGAACGAUUGAUCAACGCAACGCGUAUUCGAAAAGCUUGCAAGACAGUAAAAAUAACGACGUCGGAAAAAGUAAAGAGAUUGAGCGAUCGUUCGAUCAUCAAAUUGUGGAAACGAGCGCGAAAGAUUUAAAGCGACAUGCUCUAAAUAAAUCGGUAGAAGCAGAGCAGAAAACUGAAUAUGCUACUUUAGAAGACACAAACUUUACCGAGAAUCCGCAAAGCGCAACGGAAUCGACGGAAAUUACUCACGUUUCUGAAGAGGAAAAGUCCAAUGAAGAAUUUUUCUCAAGAGAAUACGAAACUUUGGAUGAAGACGAGUUCAACGCGAAUACAAAAGAGAAAGAGUUCGAAAUGAGCUCCGAAGAGACACCUAACAAGAUUUCCUCCAGCGAAACCGCGAUUUCUCGCGAGGACGAUUCGGGACAAGAAGAGCUGUCUUAUCACGAAGACUCAAGCGAGAAGACGAGCACUGAUGAUUUGAACGAAGAGACACAUUCGACUAUGAAAUAUAAUCACGAGACAAAUUACGAAGAUUCAAACGAGUAUCCGGAUACAAUAGAAUUGUCUGCGGAAAAUUCGCGCGAUACUAGCACCGAAGAAGAUUACAAAGGACUGGAAAACACCGAGGAAUAUACAAUGUCUAUUGAUUACACGAGUUCCGAGGAAUACACCGAUUCUCAGCAGGACGUUAUGGAUUCGACUGAAGAUACCCAAGGCAGCACUGAAGGCAUCUUAAAAUUCACGGACGAAUUACCGAGGGCGGAUGAUAUAGACGACGAUUCGAAGAUGAAGGUCCCUUUUGACCCGAAGGAAUUCGAAAGGGAAGGAAUUGUAGACAAUUCGCAUGAUUAUAUUGAUGACAAUUACGAGCCGGAAAAUUACCGAGAAAUGGAAACUACGACUAAAUCGAAUGAUUUUACGGAACAGAAAGUUGAGGAAAAUGAUUUCGAGACACAUCAGAUCGAUGACGAAGCAGAAACACAGACAAAACCUGAAGAAAAUGUCACGGAAGUUGCAGAUCUCGAAAAAGUUGCAAGUUUCACUACGACUUUGUUAACUACUACAACAGCAUCGAGCACAACAGUGUCUACCACAACGAUGCCAUCGACGAGUACGACUGCAACCACGACUACGACUACGACUACGACUACGACUACGACUACUCCUCGACCGACGACUACGACUACUCCUCGACCGACGACUACUACCACUCGUCCCACAUCGCCGAAACUUUUCAAACCCGUCGGGAACAGGAGGAUUUACGCUUACACUCCUCCUACGACGACUCCUGUUCCGGUCGUAAUUAAAUCGAGAAUGAGCUUAUUUAACCCGAAACCGGCGAAACCGCCCAAGUCUUAUAACGAGUUGGCACCGAAGCCGGUGAUUAGGAAACUCACCCUGACGCGUAAACCUACUAUUACUACCACCGCUUCGAUUGCGGAAAAAUUAAAUACAGACGAUUCGACGGAAGCUACGACAGAACCCAAUGACGUGGCAGCAAUUACAACGACAACUGAGUCUGGUAGAAGCGAGGAAAAUGUUCUCGAGAGUAAGCUGGAGGCGAACGACCCUGUAUCUAUUGAUUCUUCCGCGAAGAGCGAUCGGACAAACAAGGAAGAUCAAUUUCCAAGUCCGACCGAGCAAAAUUCCCCCGUCAACUCUUCAAAGCAUGUCGAUGCAACAAGAGAGAUCGAGACUUCCACCCUCUAUCUCUUGUCUAGACUGACUACCCUUGCGUCUUCUAUCGAGCAGACAACGAUAAAAGUGAAAACUGAACCGGAAACUGAACAGGAAACUACAGAGAAGAUUGAUAUCUCCGCGACGACCUCGCUGCCCCUGACAACAUUGCCUCUUGAAAAAUCAUAUACCGAGUACAAAGAGACGAGUACCGACGAAUACCCUGAAGAAGAUGUGGAGAUCGCGACGACUGCCGGCAAAGAUCAUCAACAGUAUGUUACAGAAACUCCCUCCGAACAUCCGACGUCAAUUUCGACGAUUCCAACUUCGACGAUCUCGACUUCGACCACCGUCCAGUUCAAAGCUGAAGACAUUGAUCCUGUGGCGACGACGGAAUCCUUGAUCCCUCGAUCGAGUAACCGAAAAUUCUCCAGCUCGCGGAAGCAAGCGAGCUUCAAUUGCCUGGAGAAGGAGAUGUAUCGCUUCUACGGCGACGUCAGGGACUGUCGACUGUUUCACUAUUGCUCGCCCGGCUUUACCUCGCGGCAGGUGCUGGACUUCCGAUUCGUGUGCGAGGAAGGCACGGCAUUCGACGAGGAGACGCAGAGCUGCCGUCACGACGUGCGCAAUCGGAAGUGUCGGAAUCGGUCCUGGUGAGAGCGUUUCCCUUUCCGUCGUGUUUCCUCGACGCUCGAUUUUGUUGAUUUUGGUAAUUCGUGAAUCCUCCAUAGGACUCUAGUAGUAUAUUUAUAACUCUUUUUUUUUAACGCGCAAUACGUAAGCAUGCCCCAAAGAAGAGGGCCCUUCUCUUCUCCUAAGCCCUAUUGCCAUAGCGCCUCGCGCUGGAUUCACACUUAUUAAAGUUAAUGUCGAUUCAAUCAGCUCGCGAUCGCUGGUCGGAUUAAGUGAGAAACGAGGAAGCACAUCGUCGAUGCAGCUGAUGCGGUGCGGAUUUCGUGCGUGCAUCUGAAACAAUCGCACUGUUAAUGUUAAGUCAAAGAGCGAAGAAUCGGUUCCUACGGUUGUUCUCGAGGCGCGAGAGAGACUUUAAGCGAAGACGCGAUCGCGCGAUCGUAAAGUAGUUUUUUAAUCCUUCGUGCGACUGAUUCAAUAACGCGUGAAUUUUUAAAUACGUUGCCGAAUAUUGCCGAAAAAACUACGCCACGAUUACUCUCGUUACUCUUAGCACCUCGCUCGUAGCGCGAUAUUUAUAUUUUUUUCCGGAAACAACUGCUUCUUUCUUGAUCAAAGGAAUAAUUUUAUUCGAUAUCGAGAUAAAAAAAUAUUAAAUAUAUUUUUGAUAAAAUAUACCCUCUGUAUCUCCUGGUCUCGGGCCAUCAAUUCUUGUCAUGAAUCAAUGAUACCUCGCACGUUAGAAUGUGUGGUAUGCGUUUAAAAAUGUAUGUAAAAAUGAAAAUAUUUUUAAUUAAAAUAUUCCCACAUUGAA